CGCCCAAAAGCGAUCGAUCCAUCGGCCCCCAAAGUUUCUGGUUCUCAACCGUCAACACCAUAGACUUCGAGACCUUGGCGGAGAGAGCGGCACACUCCCCUCGAAUUCUUCACAAUGGCGUCAGCGCGGAGGAGCACAUCAACGAGGACCCUGCUGAGCAUUCUACUCCUCGCAGCUCCAGCCCUCGCAAAAUACCAGAACAAUUUUGAUCUAUACCCAGCAGCCGCCCAACCAUGCCUUUACGCCUCCUCAGAUGCGAGCAAAUGCGAUGGCGACACGGUAGCGACGAUGAACAAGUGUCUCUGUAGUAAUGACAAGGGCAAAUUCGUCACAAACGCCGCAACUUGUCUAGGAAAAGAGGCAAAGGAUACCCUGCGCACAGUAUACCAAUCCAUGAGCACCGCCUGCUCAGACUCCAAGACACCGAUAUCCCUGACCGAAGACCAAUUCCUCAACCUUGGCGCGACAGGCGCCACGGCGUCGCUUUCAGUGACAUUAUCUACCUCAAAGACAGCUACGCCUACUACCUUGAUGACUACCACCACAGGCGGAGCAACCAUCACUUUAACAUCCACACCUACACCCACGACAUCGACCGCACCACAAGAAGAAAAGGGCCUUAGUACAACCGCGAAAAUCGGCGUCGGCGUCGGUGCAGGCGCGGGAGCGAUCGCCCUCGUCUGCCUCGCCGCUUUCAUCUGGCGCAUCAAGCGAAGCCGCGACGCCCACGACGAGUCUCACCGCCCCAUGCUCGGCGGCGGCAUCGGUGCCACGGGCCACAACAACCCACAACACGGGCCCUUUACGGAAUAUAGCCCGCCCGCAAGCGUCGCCGGGGCCGGAGCGGGUGGAUACGCCGCAUACACUGGCGCACAAGAAUACAAAAACGAGAAUAAGCAGCAGCAAUCCGGCUGGAGGCCCGUCUCCGAGAUUACGGCUACGAGUCCCGGAGGCCAAACAUGGGCGACGAAUUCUCCUCAACCACCGUAUGCGCAGCUCCAGCCUCAGCAGCAGCAGCAGCAGAACCUAGGCGCUUGGGGUCAUCACCCACAAGCCGCUUACGUUCCUCCGCCGCAGGAACCUUCUCAACAGGAGGGCGUGUUCGAGCUUGCUUCGAUACCUGUGACGUCACAGCCUCCUUCGCAGGUGCCGCAGCCGCCGCCUGGCGCUGUUGAGAUGCCGGCUACAGAGGUGCAACUGCAAGCCCCGCGAUAUCAGUACCCUUCGCAGAGGUAGUGAGGGGCGCAU